AUGUCGUCAGCUCAAAAUGUCGAAAUCAGCGAGAUUCAGCAAGGCCAAUUGCGAGUGCUUCCCAUUGCCAUGAUUGUUGUUCCAACCAUUAUUAUACUUCUACGAGCAUGGUCUCGAGCUUUAUUGCCUGUGUCUCCUACCUCCCAUAUAACAACUAAAUUUUGGUGGGAUGAUUGGAUGGUCUUCGCGGCGGGGGCAUUAAACAUUGCCAAUUGUGGUAUGGGCCUCAAGCUGGUCGAUUACGGUCUUGGGCAACAUGUACAAGAUGUGCCACCAGAGAAUCUAUACAAAUUCCUCAAAAUUCUGUGGGCGGUACAUUACACUUUUGACAUCGGCACAGUCUUGAGCAAAGCCUCGGCCCUUUUCUUCUACGAUCGCGUGCUAUCCGCGAACAACUCUAGGUUCAAGCAUGCGCUGUGGCUAGUACACGCAAUGAAUUUUGCAUGGCUGUUCGCACGUCUGUUUGGCGACAUCUUUAUGUGCAGCCCCGUUCAAAAGGCCUGGAAUCCCGCACUGCCUGGGAAGUGUCUCAAUACCGGCUGGCUCUGGACAGGCUUCGGUGUCACUGGUCUACUCAUCGAUGUCAUUAUCCUCAUCAUGCCUCUCCCAGUGCUCUGGAAACUACGAAUAACGACUCUUCGCCGUAUUCAAAUCUGCGCAGUCUUUGUUUUGGGGUAUCUAGUUGUCGUCGUUUCUAUUGGCCGACUUGUCACCAUCCUUGAAGCCGGAGAUCAAAUCGAUUUGGACCCAACGUAUAAACUUGUUUUACCCCUUCUGUGGUUGGGAUCCGAGAUCGCCAUUGCCAUCGUUUGUGUCAGUCUCCCGAGUAUUCUCUUCCUAGGCCAGCGAGCACACAGGAAUGGGUUUCGAAGCCUUUUCCAGCCGAGUGCACAGUUGUCUAAAACUGGCCUUAUCAGCAGCGGGACGAAUCAUCCUUACCACGAAGAAAGUGACGAGAACGGUUUGGUUAUGCGGACGCGUGCUCAUAGUCACAGACCCUCAUCAGGUAGUUCUGGUUCCGAUCCUUACCUCGGCCGGACUAAGGCUAUGGUUGAGCUCGGCGGUCCAAACGCCUGGAGUACAGAGCAUAACGGUAUUCACGUGGUGCGUGGCAUUGAGGUAGCAUAG